AAUUGAAAGAGGAGAAAGAGAAGACCUAGGGAGUACCGAAGGUAAUCUCUUUCCGCGUGAUACGUUUGUGACAUUAAGUUUUUAUUUUGUGUAUUAUUUAUUUAUCCGGUUUUAAGUGUAUCAAUAUUUUAUAUGUUUUAUUUCGAUUGAUUAUAUCUUUAUUAACUACAUUUUGCGUUAUUAUUGAACUACUAUAACUACAAGUUAGAACAGAAAGAUUGUUCCAAAUAUAAAUACAACAAAAUACUUAAAUUGGUAUACUAAUAAAAUUGUGAACCAUUAUAAUUAUUAUUGUGACGAUUUUUUUUUGUCGUGUAUGGUCGUCAAACUUCGUAAAUUAGAGUUAGUUCGUAUGGUAGUUUAUAAUGUAUCAGGAAUCUCUCCCCACCAUGAGAUAUUCCAUCUUAGCGCUCUAUAUGUUAAAAACGUUACCCUUGGCGGCAACCGGCCACCGGCUCUGUCGUUUUGAGACCACACACGUGGUCCAUGGAUCAGAUCUCAUUCGUAUCGUGAAGUGUAAGUAUUCGUUUUGCAACCAAAACAAUUUCUUUAUUGCACAUUUCUGUGUUAUUAUACUCUUCAAUGUUAUAGUCGAUUCAGAUUUAAGCGUUUGGUUUGUAUAGAGAUUAAAGAUGUAGUAUUAACGUUUAACAAAUUUAAAUUACGAUCUGAUCAUGGCACUAUUUGUUAUUCUUAUUGGAUAUAAUUUAAAUCGGACUUCAGCAAAAUACUCUUUUGGAAGUGGCUUUUAAUUUUUUUUUAAAUAUUAUGAAUAUUUUCAAAGCAAUAUAUUUAAAUUUAAAAACUGUAUUCUUAAUACUUUUUUGCAUUUCACAAACAUUAUGCUUGCUAAAAUCUAAAAGUAAACUUCAAUAUUGUGAAAAAUCUCAGUCUAAAUGUUUAAUCACAAACUACACACUCUGCCUUGGAGUAAAAUUGCCUUAUAAUUCAACUUCUACAGAUCUUGUUUCAGAUGCUGAUUCUCAAGAUGAAGUUCAAGAAAGAUUACAUUAUUGGCAAGGUCUUAAAAAAGUUCCCAAAUGUUGGGCAGCUAUUCAACCAUUGUUAUGUGCAUUGUACAUGCCUGAUUGUGAAAAUAAUAAUAUACAUUUGCCACCACAAGAGAUGUGUAAAUUAAUUGAAAGUCAUUGUCAAAUACUAAAAAUUGAAAACUCUUGGCCAUCAGAAUUUAAUUGUGAUAAUGAAACUCUAUAUCCUCCUAGAUUAUGCAAGAAUGAUAUAAGAGAGUUAAAAUUUAACUCUACCGCUGGUCGUUGUGAGUUACCACUUGUACAGACUUAUAGACAUGAAGUUUAUCAUUAUCCUAAUUUUGAAGGUUGUGAUCUCCAAUGUUACGAUCCUUUAUUUUCCAUGGAUGAACAUAGACAAAUACAUAACCUUAUUGCAUGGACUGCAACGAUUGCUGGUCUUUGUAAUAUAUUUGCUAUAUUAACAUUUAUGAUAGAGUGGCAAUCUCUCAAUCGUUACCCAAAUAUAGUAAUUCUUUACAUAAAUGUUUGCUUCUUGUUUAUUUGUUUUGGAUGGUUAUCUCAGUUUUGGUCUGGGGCCAGAGAUGAUAUUGUAUGUAGAAAAAAUGGAGCUCGUAAAACAUCAGAACCUAGUGAUGAAGAUCUUUCUUGUGUUAUAAAUUUUAUUUUUUCAUAUUAUUUUUUGAUUGCUGCUUUCAUAUGGUUCGUAAUUUUUACCUACUCACUCCACACAACAUUUCAAUCCUUUGGUAAAAUUCAAGAAAAAGUAGACAAAAAAGGUGGUUAUUUUCAUUUACUAGCUUGGUCUAUACCACUAGUUUUCUGUGUUGUAGCCAUGGUGAUAGGAGAAAUUGAUGGGGACAGUGUAACUGGCACUUGUUUUGUCGGCAUUAAUAAUAAAAUAUAUAGAAUUAUAUUUGUUCUUUUACCUAUUGCUUUAUCUGUGGGUAUAGGAUUAUUUUACUUAGUUCGAGUAUUAUUUGGUCUAUUAGCUUUAAAAAACGAGAGUACUCAAGUGAUUUCUAAACUAGCCAAGUCAAAAAUUCAAUCAACUGCUGUUAAAGUUGUGAUGUUCAUGAUUCUCAUUAUCAUAUUUAUUUCAUCAAUGUUUAUGUAUUAUAUACAUGAGUAUAGUAAUGAUCAACUAUGGAAAGAUAGCUUAAGGAAAUAUAUUGUUUGUAAACUGGGAAUAUUACCUGAUGCUGAUGUGAGUAAUUGUCGAAUUGAAUCAAGGCCAAGUGUAUCAAAAAAACAACUUUAUAUUCUAGUACUGUUUGGUAAUGGUGUCCUAAUGUCAUUCUGGGUUUGGACACAGCAAAUAAUUAAUUCCUGGCGUGAAUGUAUAGUUCGUUGGUUAAAAAAGUGUCGUGGAAAAGAACAAAGGAAUCGGAAUUCAGCUAAGUACAAUAAACAUAAAUUAAUUGCCAGUGCAUUUGCUAAAAGACAUCAAUUGAAUAGUGAUGAUUUUACUGUUUCUUUUUCAAAAGAAGAUCCUUUUGGUUUGGUGUUUGGUUUAAAUAGCAAUUUGACAGACAAUAUUAGUUCUACUUGGGCUGCUGCAUUACCUAAGUUUAUACGACGGCGUGGUGCUUUAACUGGAGAAGAACAGCUUUCAGUAUCAUCCUCCUUUGUACAAUCAGAUUCUGAGAUAAGCUAUAGUAUGUGUAGAGUAUCUGUAGAAUCACGAAGUCAUUCAUUAGAUUCUACUAUAUCUGUAAAAGCAUUUGAAAUGACUCGUAAAGUACGUCGAUUUUCUAAACAUUCUAAGAAAAAGCAUAAACGUGGAAAUAAACUUGUUUGUAAAUUACCUCCAUCUCAAAAAGGUAGUGUAACAUCUCAAGAUAUAAAUCAAUUAAUGCUAACAUUCCCUGCAUUUCAAAAUGUUUUUUCAUUACCUGAUGUAAAGUCACAAGCAGCACCUGUUCCUAAUUUAGAAAGGAGAACUGCAUCAGCCGGUAUUGAUGAAAGUCUUAAAGAACAAAUGAAAUCAUUGAAAAAUAUUUCUAUAUCAUCUCUUAACUUGAUGAAUAGUAAAUUAUUACAAAUGAGCCUUAAAGGAUUAAGCAGUAGUGAUCAAUCUGAGCAAUAUAUGAUGGAAGAUUUUUCAAAAUAUGACAAUAAUAGUUUUUAUAAAACAGUAGCUUUAGUUGACAGCGGUGAAGAAGAUAAAAUGACUUAUAAAUCUGACUAAUUAGAGUUACAUAUAUAUUAUUUUUCCUUUGGAAUCUGGGAAUCAACAGUUCCUUAAAUAUUGAUUGAGACUGAAAUAAUCAUUUAUAUUCAAAGAAAAUAAAUGAUAACUAAUUUUUAAAAUUGUUUCAAUUUAAAUGAUAACCAUAUCAAUUAUUGAUUUAAGUAUACUUAUCUUAACAAUUUUGUGAUUUGAAUUUGUAUUAUAUAUAAACAAUUUUUAAUUUGUUUUUAUCAUCUAUCAUUAGUAUAAAUUAUUUGAGCUAAUCGAACUAAAUUAAAUUUUAUGUUACUUUUAAA